GGGGAACUGGGCGGCGGGUCGCGUCGGCCCGGCCCUUCCCUUCCCCCCCUCGCCGGCUGCUGAUACACCAUCUGUUGGCUUCGUGCUGAGAGAGAGAGGGCUUAAGAGAGCAAGUAAGCCUGCCACGUUUAAACUAGCCUUGUUCUACAGGUCAUGCAAAUCUACAAAUGAAGGCUGCAGAGUGAUGCAGCUUAGGAAAAAUUUGGGAACUCCAAGAUGGAUGACACGACUGGCUCGAUUAAUCCAUACUUUUUGAUGGAAGAUGAAAGUACUUGCCCAUGAGGAUGGUGCAUAGGAAUUACUAGAUGAGGAAAGACCAAGGUCCAUCUAGUUCUCCUUGUACCACCCUGCUGGUUGCAUAAACAACAGUAAUGGAGGUUUUGACUAACUAUGCCAAUCACUCUGUCUACAAAUGAGGAUGUAUUCAACAUUUAUUGUCCAUUCCUAAUUACACCUGAGAAGGUGACAAUGAAACAGCAUCUUCUUCAACCACUGCGCUCCUUCUGGGGAAGGUACACCUACAAUGACACUGGGUAAGGAGUUCCAGGAUUUGAACCCAGCAACUAUGAAGGAAUGGAGAUGCAUUUCCAAGUUAGAAUGCACCCAAGAAACUUGAAAGAGGACACCAAAUGGAUGGAUAAAGCCCAGUCUUUGGACACAACUGAUGGAUUCAUCAAUUCCACAUGUGUUGAGAACGUGUUGCAAGUGAAUACAAUCAAGGAGAUGGAAGAAAUAUAGUCACAUGGUCUGUCUGAGCCACAGGAGCCCCAGGUUCAGGAAAAGGCCUUUUUAAAAGCGUUGGGCUUAACGAGCAGGCCCCAGCCCUCUGAUCCCAGGCCUGUUCCAGUUCGACUGUGGAAGAUGUUCCAGAGGAGAUCCAGAUCUCUCGGCCAGGGUGAUCCUGGAGACAAUAUGUGCAGAAUGGAUGAGCUGGGGGUGGAUGGUGAUACCCUCCGUCACCUUCCAAAUCUGGGUGACCCAAUGCCUGGGCUGGGAUCAUCCCCCUGGCAUCAUGUGCAGAAGCAGCUCUACUUCAACCUGUCGGUGCUUGAAGAAAUGGAAGAGCUGACGCUGGCCCAGCUGGAACUCUCCCUCCUUGGGGACCCCUACCCACUCCCUGGUGCAGCGACAGUCUGCACCUUGUCUAUCUGGAAGUUGGGAGAAUUGCCCAACUCUAGACAAGAACUCAUUACCUCGCAGUCUUUCCAAUCUGUGCAUGGCUCCCUCUACUUCAACCUCACUCAGAUCUCUAGGGCAUGGAGACACCAGCCCAGCAACCAGGGGGCAAUUCUGGAGAUAGGCAGCGCCUCGAUUGAGGGUCACAAGGUUCCUAACCCAGCGUGCGUCCACAUUGCCCAGUAUCUGCGCAUCUCCCUGUUGGUGGUGACCCUGAACCGGGAGAAAUGCAAAGCAUCCAGAAGGAAGAGGAGCUCCUUUCAGCUGCCACUCGCGUUCAGCCGGGUCUGCAAACGUAGGAGGCUCCAUAUCCAGUUCAAGGAUGUGGGUUGGCAACAUUGGAUCAUUGCUCCUCAGGGGUACAUGGCCAACUAUUGCCACGGGGAGUGUCCUUACCCACUGAGUGAGAGCCUGAAUGGUACCAACCACGCCAUUCUACAAACACUGGUGCAUUCCACUGACCCUGGACACACUCCCCAACCCUGCUGUGUCCCCAUUAAGCUCUCCCCCAUUUCCAUGCUCUACUAUGACAACAAUGAGAAUGUAGUUUUGCGACAUUAUGAUGAUAUGGUGGUGGAUGAGUGUGGUUGUAGGUGAAUAUGUUCUUGGAUGAAGAUGCAAUUAAUCUGUAAUUAUAUUUGGCCUGCAAUUUUAGCAGUGUUUAAUUUACCCUCCCCCCCCCCCCCCCCCCCAUGGUAAACAUCCACCUUCAAUCUUUUUGCUUUGAGUGGGUGUUGUAAACUUGAAUUAAGAUUUUAAUUCUGGUGAGUGUUUUCCAGUUGGGUUCACAGUGCAGGUUUAAGAGUUGAACUCCAUCCACCUGAUUCUAAACUAUAGAACAAAUUAAGGACAUCCUGCAUCAUCCUGGCCACUCAAACACAUCCCCUUGUUGUUAAGUGAGAUCUGAAAGAAUUUGCUGUUAAAUUGCAAUUAUGAUUGGAGGUUUGCUUUGACUUGACUUGCAAUAAACUUGUCAAUUUUU